GUAGGGUUAUAAUUUUGUUUACAUGUUGGUGUAAUGUUUAUCUACCUGUCUAAAGUAAUUAGUAAUUAGGAUUUUGAUAGUUUUACUCUUUACGAAGAUGUGCCUCCCUUCUCUAAGAAAAUAGCAAGUUUUUAUCAAUUAUUUGUGACUGAAUCUGAAUGCAGGACGCGCAGGUGUAGGACAGUUUGAAAUUGCAGGAGAUGAGGAAAUGUUAACAAAAAAGCAACCAAUACCACAGGGUAGUGUUAUAAUACAGGAAAAACCCUUUGUUUACAACUUAUCAUCAAAAUUUAGGACUGAAAGAUGUGAUUUUUGUUUUAAAGAGGGUCAGUUAUCUAAAUGCUCCGUUUGUCGUUAUGUUUAUUAUUGUGGCCGGACUUGUCAGAAGGAAGCUUGGACAUUGCAUAAAUUGGAAUGCCAACAUCUGAAAGCAAUCUCACCCAGAAUAUUACCUGAUGCAGCACGAUUGUUAGCAAGGCUGAUAAAAAUCUUAGCGAAAGGAGGCGAUUCAAUUAAAUCAUAUUAUACGGAAAAAAACUUUAGAACGUUUAAGGAUUUAAUGUCACAUUAUACAGAAAUAAAAAAUGACACGGGCAAAAUGGAACAUUUGUCCUCAUUAUAUGGUGUUUUAUUUAAAUUUUUUGAUGGUGAAAUGCUACCAAAUUCCGCAGAUUUAAUGGGAAUGUAUGGACGGAUGUGCGUAAAUAGCUUCAGUAUUUGCAAUCAGGAAUUGCACAGCAUAGGCACCGGUAUUUAUUUAGCAGCAUCUGUGGUUGAUCAUUCGUGUAAACCUAAUGCCGUCGUUACUUUUGAAGGCACUACCCUAACUAUGAGAGCUUUGGAAACGUUACCCGUUUUGGACUGGUCAAAGAUAUUUAUUAGCUACAUAGAUGUUAUAGCUUUAAAAAAAGAGAGGCAAAAUGAAUUAGAAGCAAACUAUUACUUUUUGUGCCAAUGCCCUGGAUGUGUCGGACCUGAACCCAUAAUAGAAAUGACUGGAGCAGCCUGUCCCAAUAAAGAAUGCGGCAGUUGCAUCGAUAGCAGCAGCAUUAAAGCUGGCAAUACGUGUUCUAGUUGCGAUGCCGUCAUAACUGAAGAUUUCAUAAAGGAAUAUCAGGAUGUCACGGACACUACUGCAAUGCAUUUAGAAAACAUGAAAGAAACUGCCUACUUGGACGUAUGUAAAGUGUUUCUAAAACGACACGAAGGGCUGUUGUACAAAUACAAUGUGAAACACGUUAAAAUGUUAGAUAUGGCGUUUGAGAGCUCCAUCGAGUUUGGAAAAUUCCAGGAUGCUACACAAUACGGAUUGCAACUUAUAAAAAGUUAUUAUAAAUAUUAUGGAAAAAUCCACCCGAUGACUGGAGUUCUACAUUUAAAGUUGGGAAAACUCUUACUUCAUGAGAAUAAUUUACGGGCUUCACUGGAACAUUUGAAAAAGGCGAAAGAAAUCUUGGAAAUUACUCACGGAAUUACGAGUCCAAUUUUCAAAGAACAUUUACUACCUCUGUACCACCAAGCUGUUUACAGUAAUUAGAUUGUCCCUCAAUACUUCUUACCUCCAUGUAUUUAUUUUUUACAUAAGUUUAAUAAAUUUAUAACUGUU